CUCUCUCUCUUUUUUUUUUUAUUUCUUUUUAUUAUAGAAAAUAUAUUAGUAAAGUGUAAAUAUUGAAAAUCCUUUGGUUAAUAUUGUACAUACAUUUCAUUUUAUAUUACAAUCAUAACUUCUUCUUUGUUACUGUUAAAUUAUUUUACUCAUCUCCGCAAAAAAAAGAAAAAAUGUCUUCUCAGCCAACAACACCUAAUCCAACACAUAUUCAAUCUUCAACUACGAUUCAUCAUUCACCUUUAUUUAAAUCACCCAAGUUAGAAAAUAAUCCGAUUUCAUUGCCCCUGGAAAAGAAUACAGUUACACAAAAUAAUUCUAUUGUUACCAACUGUACUACUCAUGACUCGGUUUCAAAUCAACAAAUAUAUCCCUCUUUUGCUCCAACAAAAUACAAUCAAAACAUUAUUUCUAUGGACAGACGUUCUAUAAUUGAUGUUCAGCUUCAUACAAGAAUAGAUCGGGGAUUCUUUUUAGCAGAUAAUGAUUGGACAUGUUAUCGUCGCAAUUAUUUUCAAGUCAGUGGUACGUUCUCUCUGGAUGGUGUUAGUAUUCUUUAUGAGGGACAAGAAUUACCUUGUCUUGUUCGUCUUGAUAAUCAUUUUGAAGAAGUUGAAUGUUUUAUGUUGGGUAUUCAUGCACGUCUUG